AUGAGUGAUCGACCGUUCACGCUACAGCCGCACACUGCGCCGCCCCAGGGCCCGCAGUCUAUCAGCGAGUUUAUACAGAGACUCAAUGCCGAACCAGGCGGUUUUCGAGGCAUCAACGCGACUGAGCUGCGCCGCGAGAUUGACGCCAACCACUAUGACGACCACGGCGACCGCGACGUCGACAUGACCGGCGAUACCUCCGACGCCGAAGCCGACGACGAUUAUGACACCAAGGACGUUGCCGCCGCUCGCGACGAGAUCCUUCGCGCCAUACACCAGUCCCAUCAGACGUCCAUGUUUGCCCUCGAUUUCGUCUCCCUGCUCCUCUCCAAGGAGAACCCGGCACAGGCCGUUACCACCUUCAGCCCCGGUCUGCGAGACAUGGUCGGCAUCGGGACCCUCGGUGCGACAAUACUCGAAGCCCCCACCGUCAUAGCCCAGAAACGGGUGCCCGACAACAAGAUGGUAGCCAUCGGGAAACGCCUGAUUGAUCUGAUGAAGGCCGCAGACGCCGCUCUGGCGGCAUCCAAAAGACUGCAGCGGGAGAUAAUGUUGGAAACGAAAUACUGGUCUAUGGUCCUGGGCGUGAGCGAAAACGGUUGGCAGACUUUCCGCCUACCUCAUGAGCCCCACACGAUGGGAGUCAAGUUCGGCUUCUCCAACACGACCUCCGAAUUCAGGAAUAGUGGCAUCUCCCCCAUGAGGAGAGCAAAGGACGGCUCCGUCUGGCUGGAACAUGGGUCAAUGGGUCGUGGAUCGAAACGCCUUCAGGUCAGAAUCUUGGAUAAUGGUGUUGUCGUUGGAAGGUCGUCGCUUCCGCGGCCUCUUCCCCAAAAUGCACCAUUGCAGGAUCGCGUCAAGGAAGCGCGCGACACCAUUUUCGCCCAAGAGUUGUGGCAUGAGAUCAACCGUGAGAGCCGCGUCGAUCUUGGCAGCGUUGUGCGUGUCGCCGAGUCGACCGCCGCCUACGACAUGGACGCCACAAGAACCGUCUGUGUGCAGCUGGUGACACUCGGUGAAGAGGAAGAAGCGGCAGUGGCAGAGCAGCCAGGGGCCCUAGAUGCCACCGCAAACGAGCUCUGCAUUAUUCUGAGUCUCCUGCUCAGCAACGCCCACCGAGUCAACGAGUUGAAGCGGUCCGGGCCCGGCAUCAGCAAGGGCUCUACACCUCCCUAUUCCAUCCUCCGGCCACUGAUUGCCCAUUACAAAUACGACCAGUCCGUCCAGCGAUGUACCGAGUCUCUAUCAGCCCUCAUUUCCGUCCUCCGCUCCGCCGGUCUCGCAGCCUCCCUCACCAUGAAGGAGCCACCCCUCACCCCGCCCCCCGGCAACGCCACCCCACCCUCAACGUCCCUGGCCAACCUCCUCCUCAAACCACCAACAGUCCAGUUCGACCUGACGAUCACCCCGGCCUCCCGUAUCCGGGUUCUGCUCAAACCAACCCCUCUCUCAGGCGCCGUCUUCUCCGCCUCCUUGCUCCCGCCCCUGCCGUCCCAACCCGGCUCGUCCGUGAACCCGCUCCUGGCGCUCUGCCCGCCGGCCGCCGACGACUAUGCCGACCUCGAGACGCUUCUCACCUACAUCCAUGGUACGAUCCCCUGCGCGCUGACGGCGGCCUACUACGAGAUAGUCUUCGCCGUGACGGCAGGGGCGCCGCCCGCUGCGGCUGGUGGUGGUGCUGGUGGCGGCGGCGACGGCGGGCCGAGCGCGACGACAGAAUCGACCUGGGCCAUGGACGCCAGCAGCAACGGCAUCGUCGACCUGGAGACGGGCGGCGAGUACGGCGUGUACUUUGGGUUUGGCCGCGACAAACAGACCGGCCGGCUCGAGGUGAGCAUCGAGGGGCAUUUCCUGGAGAAUGGGGCUGACAAGGUGCACCGGGCGUGGAGGUGGCCUGGGGCUGAGGGGACGCUGAGCACGGUUGUCAAGCAUGUGCUGAGCAACGGGCCUGCUAUAUAG